UCAGGGUUUCAGGGUUGUGUUCUGACGUCGUACGUACGGUUCUGUUUUCAUCAUGCCCCAGGAAUGGAUAGUUCUUAAACGAGAAGAUAUUCGUUUACGAACUUUCAAUGAACAUUUUUCUGCUACAUUUUUAAACCCACUUGUAUUAGCUAAGGCUGGUUUCUUCUAUGUUGGGGUUGAUGAUCAGGUUCAGUGUGCAUUCUGCAGAGGAGUGGUGAAAGAUUGGGAGGUAGAUGAUGACCCAAUAAGAGAACAUCAGCGACUAUUUCCGUCAUGUCCUUUUGUACUGGGUUUACCCGUAGGAAAUGUACCCUUGGGUGAAGAUCAGUCGCCUCAUGCCUUGGUUGAGCGGGCAACCUCUCUGCCUGUUCCACAGCAAAUGAACACAGGAUUUGGAGCCACACACCAUUUUACUUCACAAAUGAGACCAAAUGCCUUCCCAGAUACAGAACUGAGAUCUUCAGAAAACAUGCAGUUAAAUGCUUUAGUUGGAGAAAACUUAGAAGAAUUGGGUAUAACAAAACAUAGCGGGCCACGUUACAUAACAUACGCUACCCUUGAUGCACGAUUAAAAAGUUAUGGCCAUUGGCCACCUCAACUAAAGCAGACUCCGCGGGCGAUGGCUCAGGCCGGCUUCUUCCAUCUUGGUACAAAUGACCAUGUAAAUUGUUUUCAUUGUGGAUCGGGAUUAAGAAACUGGGAGCCAGAAGAUGACCCAUGGCUUGAGCACGCUCGCUGGUUCCCUCAGUGUCGUUUUGUAAUGUUGAUGAAGGGUGAACAGUACAUCAAAGAAGCGACCGAAUCAAUGUCUGCUCCUAAAGUUAGGCACUCCCUGGCGACUUCAGUGGGUAGUCAACCUUCCCCACCAAGGGAGAUUUCUGAGGCCGAGUUGCGAAUUUUACUAGGCACCCCCGUUGUACAGACCGUUUUAGCAAUGGGUGUGGAUCUUUCGCGCGUUAAGCAGGCCUUGAAAUACCAAAUACGCAAUACUGGGCAGCCUUUCGGUACUGUUGAUUCACUUCUCGAAGCAGCUAUUGAGUUCCAGCAUUACAAUGAACAUCGCCAAUCAUUGGAAAAUGGCAACUAUGAGGAUGUGGAAUGGCCAUCGACCACAUCUUUGCCUUCAGUUGGCCGGCAUUCUUCUUCAGCAGAAAACACGAGGGAAGAAAAUUCCAUUUCACUUUCUGGGAGUGAUGCCCGUAGAAGAAUUACUCAUGAAGAUGCACCGUUGUCCUCGCAAAUCAGAUCUGAAACACAUGCGCAUCGGGAAGUCGCAAUUCCAAAGGUGCUAGAAAACUCCGAAAAAGCAACAGGAAAUCUCGGUAUAUCAGAAGUAUCAGCCCAGCUUGGUAGCCAAUGCAAUGAAACUGAUAGAACUCAAAUUUUAGAGGAGGAGAUACGACGCCUUAAGGAAGCGCGUCUCUGCAAAGUGUGCCUUGACGAGGAAGUAUCAAUUGCAUACAUUCCUUGUGGGCACAUAGUAACAUGCGUACAGUGUGCAGCUGCAUUGGAACAUUGUCCUUUGUGCCGAAAAAACAUUAAGGGCACUGUACGCAUCUUCUUGUCCUAAAUCCGUUUGGAACGAUACGUUUGCUAACGCAGUUAUUAAACAAUAGGACCCCCAGUAUGAUGUCCACAGUAAAAUCCUAAGCUUUGAAAAAUUUACCAUUUUGUAAAUUGAGAAAUUUCACUGUUAAUAAGUGUUUGGUACAGAUCCGGUUUAGUUUUUACCUAAACUAUUGUAAAUUUCCUGAAAACCCACCGGCUUUAGUCUCAAAUAAAACGAAACAUCUCCUA